AUGUCACAUUACCCACGACUACUCUGUCUGCACGGCGGUGGCGCAUCAUCUCGUAUCAUGCGUGCGCAGUUCGCCAAGUUGGAGUCUGCCUUGAGCAACCGCUUUCAACUUGUCUACCUCGAAGCCCCUCUAGACAGCGCCCCGGGCCCAGGUGUUCUUCCUUACUUUGAGAACUGCGGUCCAUACUCUUGUUGGGUCAGUGACGACAAGACACUGGCUCCUGAGGAGAAGAGACUGGAGGAAGAGAAUGCCAUUGCCUACAUCAAGAGCUUCAUGGUGCAGCAUGGACCCUUCGCUGGUAUUUUGGGGUUCUCACAAGGUGCACGCGCGACUGCCAGCAUUCUGUUUGAGCAGCAACAACACCCGUUCACUCAUGACAACCUAUUUGGUGUCUUCUUCUGUGGCACCUUUCCACCAUUUGUCUCUGAGACUCCAGAGAUAAGAAUUCCUACUGUACAUAUACAGGGUCUCACAGAUCCUUACCUUGAAGAGAGUGAGACGUUGUUGAGUCAUUGCACGAAACAAAGUGUCAGAAGAGUCAUCAAGUUCGAUGGCGGCCACCAUAUGCCAACGAGCCUUGGCGUUACACAGCAAAUUGCAGAUGCCAUCUCAAUGGUGCACAGAACGACAAACAGAAAGAAGGUGUCGAAUCUUUGGAAACUGAAGCGGCCUGUUCCUACUACCACUGCGAUAGAAAUCUAA